AAUCUUAGUUGUCCAAUGCCCCAGAAGAAAGGAGUGCCUGGCUAAAACUCAUCACUCACGUGCAUGCAGUGAGUUGCACUAAAUGUAUGAGAGAGAAAAAGAAACUAAGAUAGAGGAGGGAGGAGGGGCCCCAUAGUUUCCUGACAAAGCUGAUCUUGAUGUACCAGCAAGAGAAAUAGAAAUCACCAUAAUGGCAUAAUCUAGCCAACCAAAGUAGAAAUGAAAGCUACACAGCACCUUACUAGAAAAAGAAGUAUGCAAGGGAACGUGGUAAAAAGUAUCACUUUUAACACCACCAUUUUCUUCUUACUCUCUGAAUCAUCUAUCCCCCGCAAUCCUCUUUUCAGUCCCCCACACACACUCUCUCUCCCUCUCUUUACAUCUGCAUAUGUAAAGGUCUGUGUCUGCCUCACUCCUCUUAUGUUUCAAAUGCUCAGUGGAUGAACAAGUAACAAAUCAUUUUUCUGCAUUUUUUCAGGAGACGGUAAAGAUGGAAGCAGCUGCUCUGUUCCAAGUUUUUGAAGCAGUAAGCUUUUGAGAUCUUGGUAAAGGAAUACCUCCAUUAGCUUCAAAAUGCCAGUUCCGCUUGCUCCAUAUCCUACACCACCAACGCCAUUUACACCACCUGCUAACGGAACACAGAGCCAGCUUGUGUGUUCUGGAUGCAGAAAUCUAUUACUCUAUCCAGUUGGAGCAACAUCUGUUUGCUGUGCAGUUUGCAAUGCGGUCACAGCAGUACCACCUCCGGGCACUGAGAUGGCUCAGUUGGUUUGCGGAGGCUGCCACACAUUACUAAUGUACAUCCGUGGAGCAACAAGCGUGCAAUGUUCUUGCUGUCACACAGUCAAUUUAGCUAUGGAAGCAAAUCAGGUAGCACAGGUAAAUUGUGGCAACUGCCGCACGCUGCUGAUGUACCAAUAUGGGGCACGAUCAGUGAAAUGUGCAGUGUGCAAUUUUGUGACAUCAGUAGGGGUUGCAACGAGCACAACUGAGCAAAAGUUUAACAGCUAAUUUUAAAGCAGCUGAGCCAGUACUGCAAACUUUUAUGACUGAAGUUGUUGGGUUAUGUGUCAGCGGCAUUGCAGCUACCAUCAACCAGAGGAAAUUUCUACUUGCUACAAGUAUAGAGCUAUUAUAGAGCUUUUUUUCCCUCGCGUAUCUGUAAUAGAAUAAGCAGUUUUGCAGGUUGGGCCUACAAAAGGUAUUGUAUAUAAUGGUAUUGCGUCUGUAAGUCUGGCUGAAAAGUCCCGGAUAGUAAAGACUCCUUUUCACCUA